UCAUAAUACAAUUUACAUCUGGUGAAUAAGAUAUUGUCACUUGCGGAGGAAUACAAUGAUGACUGGAAACAGUAAAAUCAACUACAGGCAGUCGAAGGCUUAUCUCGACCCCCAGCCCCAACGAUCUAAGCUGAAAACGACCAGGAGCUCUUCGUCGCAACCUGAUGUCAGCACAGGCGUAGAAGCUCGUUCCAGCACUUCUGGGGAACAUGCAGACCUCACGGCCGCGUCCGAAGCUCUCAAAGGCUUCGACUUGGCCAUGAAGUAUGGACCUUGCACUGGACUGACACGACUUGCAAGGUGGCACAGAGCCGAGAAUCUUGGCCUGCAGCCACCCCUGGACAUCAAGCGCAUCCUGGAGGGACUGCCAGAGAACCAUGCUCUGCAAAACAAUAUCUGGCAUGGGAGGGUCUGACGGGUCUUGCAGUGACACCAGCAGCUUGCGCUUCAUACCCACGCCUGGCUGAGGCCCAAAGCAAACAAACAAAGGAAUUCAAGCAGUUGAACUCAAGAAGUCAAGGACAGACUCGAACAAGCAUAGUGAUUUGACUUUCAAGUGACAGCUUUCAUUAAUCUUAAAAUGCUUGUGAUGGAGGCCAGGUGCAGAGGCCAGGCUCUGUAGCAUUAUGAAAGUCAGCAGGCUUGGCUAAGCCUAAGUCUACAAGCAGAUUUGCGUUGUAUCACGCUUGUGGGGCCACACUGCAUUAUGCACUCCUAUGAAACAUUUAGCAAACACUACGAGAGCACUGCAUUGAACUCCGGCAUCCUGUGCGCGAGCUUGACAAUCAAUUCAGGUGUAAUGUAAGCUGUGUUGGUCGCUUCGUUACACUUGCCUCACAGUAAAUCAUGUUGUUUCACCAGGACAGCAUUCUGAAGUCGACAUUGGUACAUCUGCGGUCGUUGCAGUGAAACUAGACAACCAGUGCAUAUACCAAUUUUGUUGGAUACAAAUAACUCUUGCUGAGGCUGGGCUCCAAGCCCAUGCGCAGUAGCCCGCUGCGGCCAAUCAGUGGCAUGUCGAAGCCUGCUGCAAUCACCGGAGCUGGUGCAGUGGCCAUGGAAGUAGCUGUUUUGCUCACUUUCAAGAUUGCACCGAUAUCCGUUGGCUGCACAUUGCUAUCAAUAUCAUGCUGGUCAUCAGAUGCGUCCUGUGGACCUAGGGUUGGUG